UGAUCUUCGAAGGAUCUGUGAGUCUGUCGCAUGCAGCGUAUGUAUAAAAAGCCGGAGUAGUAGACUAUGCAUCUAAAGUGUACGCGGGGAAUCCAAACUUGCAGUACCCGAAUAAUUCUUCAAUGGCUUUUUCUUGUGCUGCUCGAGCUUUUGCUCUUAUUACGCUAUCAUCUGUCAUUAAGACUGCUUCAUGCCUUAGUUUUGCUACAAACAACUCGGUAUCGUGCCCAUCAGAUUUGCCUCUCAGCUGCCAGAACACCACAGCAAUCCAAGACUUAUGCUGCUUCAACUCACCAGGCGGCCAGUUGCUGCAAACGCAAUUUUGGGAUACUGACCCAGCCACCGGUCCAGACGACAGCUGGACUAUUCAUGGUCUUUGGCCAGAUCACUGUGACGGUACCUUCGAUGCCACAUGCGAUCCUGCCAGAGCCUAUACCAAUAUUUCGGACAUUUUAACUGCAGGUGGCGCCAGUGAUACCCUGAGUUAUAUGCAACAAUAUUGGAAGGAUUACCAAGGCAAUGACGAGCAAUUCUGGGAGCAUGAGUGGGGCAAACACGGAACAUGCAUCAAUACCUUGGACCCCUCGUGCUACAUCGACUAUAAGGCAACUGAAGAAGUGGUAGAUUUCUUUACAACGACUGUGCAACUGUUCAAGACGCUGCCAUCGUACGAAUGGCUUUCUGCUGCCGGCAUAACCCCUUCCACUACGACCACGUACACUUCCAACGACAUACAGAAUGCUCUUAAAGCAAGGCACGGAAAGGAGGUCACCAUUGGCUGUAAGAACGGAGCGUUCAACGAGAUCUGGUACCACUUCAACGUACAAGGCUCUGUGAUUGGUGGUCAGUUUAUCGCUGCUGAUCCUGAUGGCACCAAGUCGACCUGCCCUGAUUCUGGCAUUCAAUACCUACCGAAAUCUGGAAGCAAUAGCGGAGGAUCCAGCUCUGUCACGACAUCUUCUCCAGGUACUUUUCCGACUGGCAUACCUUUCUCUGGGAAGGGAGAGCUUAAAGUGUACAGAAGUAGCGGCCAGACAGGUUGUCUAAUUUCCUCCGGCGCUUGGUACACAAGCGGAACCUGUGCAACGUUUACAGCGACAGCAAGCGGAGCUGGGUUCACGCUGAACUCAAGUAAGGGGCAAUGUGGCGUCAACAACGGUGUGCUAGAAUGUGGCUCUGGUGUUACAGCGACCCUUUUCACAGCAUCGGGUAGUGAUUUGGCAUUUAACGGGAAUACAGAGUUCUCUGCGGAUACAGUGCCAACGGGAAUGACACAAGUUCCUGUACGCGCAGGAAACGGAGCAUUUGAAAUAACAAUCACAUGGAGCUAGUCCCUGGCAACGAACAAAGAUAUAUCGUCCUGCCUGGCAAACGCGGAUGCAUUCACUCCCGAUGUAGGAAGUCAUUUGUAUGACCAAUGCGAUUUAAGAAAUCUGAAGCAAAUCCGCGGUCAUGUACCUUUUCUUCUUCAGAGCCUCGAUUUGACAACGACUUCAUCCACCGCGUUCAAUCCAAAUCUUUUGCACAUCCAC